AUGAAGAAGUAUGGAUAUCAUCAAGGUAACUCGGAUCAUACCCUAUUUAUCAAACGUAUGGAUGGUAAGAUUACUUUGUUGAUAAUAUAUAUCGAUGAUAUGGUAGUUACUGGUGAUGAUGUUGUUGAAAUGGGCAAAUUACAUAAGUACUUAGCCUUAGAGUUUGAGAUGAAAGACUUGGGAGCUUUGAAGUAUUUUCUGGGAAUCAAAGUAACUCGCUCUUCUACUACUACUUGUCUCUUUCAAAGGAAGUAUGUUCUAGACCUGUUUACAGACACUAGUAUGUUAGGUUGUGCACUAGCCGAAACCUCUCUUGUGUAG